GACAGAGGAGUGCUCGCUUAGUCUUCGUCGUCGCCCGGCUUGGAAUCGGGUAGGAGUGGGAGGUGCGGGGGAAGUGAGUCUAUGUCCACGCCGUUGUCGUCGUGACCGCCGGCAGGCCCCUUUCCUGUGCCUUCGCUGGCUUAGCUGCGAAGUGAGUCGUGGGCGAGCUGCUCUUAGCGCCCUGGAGAACGAGAUCGUUCGGGCAGCCCGUGGGAGACGAAGGCCAGAGAUCCUGGUUCCGAACUUGCCAUCCAAGAAACUCAGGAGGAGUUGUUGACAGUCUCCCCAUCCCUCGCCACCCUGGGACGGGACCCAGCAUGUCUCAGGCCACCAAGAGGAAGCAUGUGGUGAAGGAGGUGCUGGGGGAGCAUAUGGUGCCCUCCGACCAGCAGCAGAUCGUGAGGGUACUCAGGACCCCAGGGAACAAUCUGCAUGAGGUGGAGACAGCCCAGGGACAGCGCUUCCUAGUGAGCAUGCCCUCCAAAUACCGGAAGAACAUCUGGAUCAAGAGAGGCGACUUCCUCAUCGUUGACCCGAUUGAAGAGGGAGAAAAAGUGAAGGCUGAGAUCUCCUUCGUGCUCUGCAAAGACCAUGUGCGCUCACUGCAGAAGGAAGGGCUCUGGCCAGAGGCCUUCUCACAAGUGGCUGAGAAGCACAACAAUAGCAGGAACAGACAGACUCAGCCAGAACUCCCGGUGGAGCCACAGUCCUCAGGAGAAGAAUCCAGCUCUGAAGAUGAUUCUGACCUUUUUGUUAACACCAACCGCAGACAGUAUCAUGAGAGCGAGGAGGAGAGCGAGGAGGAGGAGGCAGCCUGAUGAGUCCCUCGACCCACUUCUCUUGCCCAGAGACUAGUAUUGACUCCUCUGAGCUCAGACAUUCCUCGGGUGUCCUGCACAUCUUCCCCCUCUGGACAGGGGACAAGGCAGGGCCUCUCUCUGAGCUGACCUUCUGCUCAAGGAGAAUUAAACCCCUGGUGGGUGACGACUUGUGCUGGUGUCUGAGUGGCUCUCUGGAGGGAGGAGGGACUCGUGAAGUUAAAAACUGCUCCUUGGUGCAGGUCCUAAAUAGGCAGGAGAUGGAAAUGGCUGGAACCUUUCCUGGAUUCUUGCCGGACACUUAAUAAGCGCCAGGCCCUGUGCUGUGCCUUCGUGCAUGUAUUUAAUAACGGGGCAACCGCUCUGUUGCCUGCUUGCAAACAAUACUGAGUCAGGCAUUCAGGAACACAGCUCUAGGACCUAGCACCCCCGCCUCUAAGAGGCACUCAGGACAAAUAUCAUAGUGCCUCCUAAGCUGUUUUUCUGGCAGUCACUUAGUCACCGCCACUGUAGCCACUGCAGGAACGCCCACCUCUGUGCUGCUGGGUACGUCCUCUGGUUGGUGGCGGCCUUGUGGCUAGGCCUUCUGGCUACACAGACUCCUCGGCCCUCUUGCAAACCACCCCCCUUGUCCUUUGAAGCUUUUCCCUUGGGCCCUACACUCCCUGUUCGUUGUUGACAUUGACCUAAUCACUGUUCAGACCUUGAAGAGUUUACCUCCUGGCUUAGUCUCCUAUUCCUGCUUCUGUCAUCAUUGUCUACGUCUCAUGGGUGGCCUCCCCAGCACUGUGGCCCCCUAGUUCCUUGUCUUCCACUUCAGGCCUGCUGCCUCCAUCGCUGGUCACUUCCUGGACCCCUGCCAUUGGUAGGAGUUGCAGCCCCUCUAGAAUUCCCACAUCUGGGCGGUCACCACCUCCUGGCUUUUCCUGCUUACUGGCUCAACUCCCUCCUCUUUAUCUGCAGUCCUCCCUCCCACCCCCGCCCCACCCCUUCUUACCAUUAUUCUCCUAUCUCUGCUUUCCCACACCCUCCGCUGCCUUGUUUCCCCACACUGUAUUCAUGUUGUGAGACCUAACCCUGGCCAACCAUUUCCCUCUCUGCCUCUGCUCAAGUAACCAGUACAGGACACCACCAACCUAGGUCCUGGCUUUACGUGAAGUUCUUUAUUACAGACUUCAAGCGGACACGGCACCGCCUAGCAGAUCUUCUCUGGGAUGUUGUAUCUCAAAACUUCUGCGUUGUCUACCAAUCCCCCCGUCCCCGGUUAUGCUGACCACACGCUUCAUUAAGAAACCGUAGCCUUUGGCGGGAACUCUCUCCUUUCCUUACCAGCCAUACAGAUGUGCUUCUGGAUUGUCCUGUCUUUAAUUUCCCCCAUGUAAUCCGGUGGGACUUAAACCUUUUGUGCUUUUUAGCUUGUCUGUCCUGCCUGAGGACUGUGUAAGUUUUGGUUUUUGUCAUGCUUCAUUUAUCUGCUGCUGUUCACGUUCCUUCUCUACCUUAGAACAGCUUUAAACAUAUCCAUGUGUAUAUGUGUCUUUGUGUACAUAAAAUAAAUUUCAGAUGAGUUAAGGAUAUGUAUGUGUAUAUCGAACUCAUCUGAAAUUUAUUUUUUAUGGGAAGUCACUUUUUUUCUAAAGGGAUAGUCCUCUGUAUAUCCUCUACUGAGGGGGUCAUUCUUCAUUCACAGAUUUAAAAUGUCUUUUUAAAAUAAACGGAAUUCCUGCAUA